CAGAGUAGAAAAAUGCAGUGUAUUUGACACUUAGAGGGGCGGGGCCUGGGACGACUCGCAGCCGCGCUCAUUGGUUGAAAUAUAGCUGGCUUUUCUAUUUCGCGGAGCUGUCAGCCGGGCGGUCUUUUGUUGUCCCGCUCAUCACGGUCUCCGGAGAGGAGCGACGGCCGACAUGAAGCCCACCGGCACUUAGCGGCGAGCCUUCAGGGGGGAUUCCAGGUCCACCGCAGCUGCCGAGCAGGUGGGCCGACGCUUCACGAGUUCUUAUUGAUCAAGUUGAGGUCGGUGUCAUGAGGAGGCUCCUGCUCGUUAGGGAAUUCGAACGGUCUCAUUGGCAAUUACGGGGGAAAGGGAACUCCUUCAUCCCUUGUUCGACUCAUUAAACAAAUGAAUUUCAGCUUGAACAAAGUCCAUCGUCAGGCGAAGUCGGCAGACGCUGCCUCCGUCACCUGAACCGCUAAGGAGAGGAGGAGGAGGAGGAGGAGGGGGCGGGCACACUGGAAGAGGAUGAGCGAGGGUCCGAGGAAGCGGAGCAGCAGCAGCAGCAGCAGCAGCGGGGGCGGAGGUCACCCGGAGCCGCCCGGGUCCCCGUCCGGCGCCGCCGGGACACACGCAGGUGGAAGCUCCGGCGUGGCGCUGAAAAAACAGAUCGGCCUCUUCAGCGCCUGUGGCAUCAUAGUGGGAAACAUCAUUGGAUCUGGGAUUUUUGUGAGUCCUAAGGGGGUCCUGGAGAAUGCCUGCUCAGUGGGUGUGGCCCUGAUUGUGUGGGUCACGACUGGAGUCAUCACAGCCAUUGGUGCUCUCUGCUAUGCAGAAUUAGGCGUGACCAUCCCAAAGUCUGGAGGAGACUACUCCUAUGUUAAAGACAUCUUCGGAGGACUGGCUGGGUUCCUGCGUCUGUGGAUUGCAGUGUUGGUGAUCUACCCCAGUAACCAGGCUGUGAUUGCUCUCACCUUCGCCAACUACAUCCUGCAGCCUCUCUUUCCCUCCUGCCUUCCCCCAGAGACAGGGCUUCGUCUGCUGGCUGCCGUCUGCCUGCUGUUGUUGACGUGGGUGAACUGCUACAGUGUGCGUCUGGCCACUUAUGUACAAGAUGUUUUCACCACCGGGAAGCUCUUGGCCCUGGGCCUCAUCAUAAUCAUGGGUGUCGUCCAAAUUUGCAAGGGUCACUACUACUGGCUGGAGCCAGCACACGCCUUCGAGACCUUCCAUGACUACGACGUUGGUCUGAUAGCUCUGUCCUUCCUGCAAGGCUCUUUUGCUUAUGGAGGCUGGAACUUCCUCAACUACGUCACAGAGGAGUUGGUCGAUCCGUACAGGAAUCUGCCACUUGCCAUCGCCAUCUCCAUCCCCGUGGUCACCUUUGUAUACGUGUUUGCAAACGUGGCGUACAUCACAGCCAUGAGCCCCCAGGAGCUGCUGGCCUCUAAUGCUGUAGCAGUGACAUUUGGAGAGAAAUUGCUCGGAGUGAUGUCAUGGAUCAUGCCCAUCUCUGUGGCUCUCUCCACCUUCGGGGGAGUCAAUGGCUCUCUCUUCACGUCGUCGCGGCUGUUUUUUGCCGGAGCAAGGGAAGGCCACCUCCCUCGUCUGCUGGCCAUGAUUCAUGUGAGGCGCUUCACUCCGAUUCCAGCCUUGGCCUUCACCUUGGUCUCCUCUCUGCUGAUGCUGUGCACCAGUGACAUUUACACCCUCAUAAACUAUGUGGGUUUCGUCAACUACCUCUUCUAUGGCGUCACUGUUGCCGGGCAGAUUGUGCUGCGCAUCAAGCAGCCUGACCUGUAUAGACCGAUCAAGGUGAGCCUUGUGUGGCCGGUGAUCUACCUGCUGUUCUGGGCCUAUCUGCUGGUCUUCUCCCUCUACUCUGAGCCCAUGGUCUGUGGGAUCGGACUGGCCAUCAUGAUGACCGGUGUCCCUGUGUAUUUCUUGGGAGUCUACUGGGAAAAGAAGCCGCAGUGUUUCGAUACUACUAUUGGUAAAAUCACUCAUCUGUGCCAAAAGCUCUGCUCAGUGGUCUACCCAGACGUGGCGGACAACGCGGAGCCCGACGUCCAGCAAAAGGACGACGAAGGCGAUGAGGAAUGAUCAGGCCCUUGCACGGUUAAAGGAACACGUGGACAGACGGGUCCUCACACUCGGAUGUGGAUCGCGGGUGAAGACAAAAAGACGCCUGGUGGAAGAUUUCCAGCAAGACAGGCGUAUUUAUUCACUGAAUGAAAAUGUUAACACCUAAUAUGGACUUACUGCACUGGACUUUGUUGCCCUUCAUUCUGGACACAGUUGUUAUUGAUUGAGAUGAAAUAUCACUUGCAUUGAACAUAACUUAAGAAUCACUGUCUUUUUGUUUGGUUUGUUUUCCCACCAAAGUUAAACCAUCACCCUUUGUUUGUGUUGGACAAUGUGUUGCUUGUCAUUUGAGUCUGGAGGCGUUGGGGCAAAUAUUUUAAUGUGUCUCCAUAAACCAAUCGUGAUCAAAGUUGUGUGUGCGUGUAUAUAUAGAGAGAAUUCAUCCUCUUUAUGUUUUGUUUGUUAUUAUGUCAUUACAGAAGUACUAAAAU